AUGGCUGAGGAUAGAGAUAAAAUCUUGGGACAGCUAUUGUCCAGCCCACUACCUGUUUAUUCACCCGACAAUAAGGUGGACGACGACGAUUCAUAUGAAACCGAUUCUGAGAAUGAUUCAUAUCCAUCCUCACUGCCACAUCUGGGAUAUGCUUCUCAACUAGCAAUGGCAAGUAGUAGACGUCCAAGGAGAAGUAGUACUGACUCCGCUGUGUCAUUAGACUACGAGUAUGAGACAGAUUCCGACGCCUCCGCCUCACCACCACCACGACAAUCACAAGAGUCGUCGAUAUCACCAUCUGAAGUUGAAUCGAAGAAAAUAAGGCAUCACGAACCAGAUGCCGACGAUGCAGGAAAAUCACCCUCAAGUUCAGCAGGGCAUCACCACCAAAGACCUAGGUUUGACACGAAUGUAUCUCUAGGCACUGUUGAGUAUGAAACGGAUUCUGAUUCGUCUCAAGAACCUCAUCACAAAGAUCACUAUCCUAAUAUUGAACCAUUGUCCGAAUCCAAUAAGAGACCGCCUCAAGAUCCUGAUGCAAGCAAUGACAGAAAGCCGCCCCCGACAUCAGAAUCUACAUUUUUAGAGCGCGCAAAUGAAGAACUGAUACUUUCUAAUGCGCGUGUGGAAAAAUGGAAAGAAUCCUCCGAACGACUGGAAAUUGAAUUGAAGGAAAAGGUCGUCGAAGUUCAAAACCAAGACAGGGCCCAAGAGGACCUGUGGCAUCGCGUGAGGCAACUAGAAUCGGAUAAAGCAGAGAGUGAAAAUAUCAUUGUCGAACUCGGUAGUAAGGUCACUGAGGUGCAACAACUUCUUGUCGAGGAACAAGCCGCACACAAGCAAACCAAGAACGAAGCGAAUGACCUUCACCAUCAAAUGGAAAAUCAGUCAAACGACUCUGCAACAAGUAGGUCGUCGCGAAAAAAAGAUGAGGAUAUUUUGGCAUUACAAGAGCUGGUGAAAGCAAAGGACAUUAUCAUUCAAAAUGCUCUGGCUGACAAUCCUCAUUCAGAAUCUGAGAAAGUUGCCGAACUAGAGAAAGAGAUUCAAGAGGCCCAAGAGAUAAUCAAGAGCAUGGAUCAAGUGAAUCCGCUUGGACAGGAAGCCCUGCAAUCUAUCAUCCAGGAAAAAGAUGCGGAGAUUGCGUCACUACAGUCCAAGAACCAAGAAUUGGUUCUGUCACAGAAUGCACUGAAGCACAAGAAUGAGUCCAUGGAUGCCCUCUUGACCCGAAAAGAAGCACUUUUGAAAAGCAAGGACCAAGAGAUUGCUUCGUUGAAGGAAGUAAUACGAAAAAAAGACGUCUCGCUUCGGGCGCAAGCCGCCAGUCCCGAAGAAAAGAAAGCGGCGCAGCCUUCCGUCAAUACUGAAAGUAAGCCCGAAACAGCGUUGGAGGAUACAAGAAAAAUAACACCCACCACCGCUCCCUCGGAACAUGAAAGCGCUUCCGUAGAAAAGGAGCCCAAAAACGUCAAUCAAGACUCUCCGCAAGUUCCCGCCGACAAGUCAUUGGAUGUGCCACAGUCUGCAAUCGAAAGGAGUUUUUCUACAAAAUCUUCCAGUGAAGGGGAUAGGCAGAAGCAACUGGAGUAUGAUCUGGACGAAGAGUUGGAUUCCUUGCGAACCAAAGUCCAUGACAUGAUGAAUGAGACUGGUUUGCUGACGGAUGUCGUGGACCAAAAGGAUGCUGCGCUCCAACAGGCAAGGAGGCAAUUGGAGAAAUGUCAGGCUGAAAAUGCCAGGCUAAAGUCGACUGCCUCAUCUGUCGACGCCGCCCCUUCUGCACCCAUGGAAGAAUUGCAGUCAUUGCAGACGAAAUUACAAGAUGCGGAGGAAUCUAUCGCCGCCCAAAAGUUCUUCAUUGCAUCGUUGCAAGCCGAGCUGCUGGCCAAUGAAAGUAAUGAGUCAUCCAGUAGUGUCGUCAUUUCAGAUAUGGAUGAUUCGGAGCAGGAACAGGGAUAUCCCAGUGGUGACAGUUCUGGAUUGGAAGGUGCCGCUGCCACUGCAAAGUCCAAAUCUAAUACAAAAGCAGAAAGUGAUGAUGAUAGCCUGGUUGAAAAAGUCCAAACCAGAGUAUUUGGGCAGGAGCAAAAGUUGGAUGCGGAAAUGGAACAGGAACGGGCUCUGGAAAGUCAGACCGAAUCCAGUCCAUCCUCCAUGUCGAAAAUGGCAAUGAUGGAAGUUGCGGAAGAGCUAUCCGAGUUGAAGCAUUCGAUCCGCAAGCGAGAGGAAUCCAUUGAAGGCCUUCGAGCCAAGCUGCAAGAACAUGAAGCUUUGAUUUCUCUUUUGAACAAGACAUUGAGUGGGAAGGAUACCAAGAUUGAUCGGCUGGAACGGCUCAUUGGUCAAUCACAUCGCAAUGUGAACAUUUCAAAGGAAUUGGAAGAGAAUGAUUUGACAAUCGAUGCACUCGUACUAUACCGAUUCGAAAAGGAACACCAGAUGAAAGAGAUGCAAGACAAGAUUAAGGACUUGGAAGAUAAAGUCCGAGGCUCCAAGGAAAUGGAAUAUCAACUUCGCCGUCGGACAGAGGAAUUGUCAGGCGCCGAGGGGAAAAUACGGCGACUCAAGGCGGAAUUAAAAUCCGAAUCCCAGCGCAUGACACAACUGUUGGAAGAAAAACAAGAGAAACUUGGGCAUGCCAACGAAGAAAAGAUACGACUCCACUACGCAGCCGAAAACCAAUCACAUAAACUGAACGAGAAAUUGCGAGAAAAGGAUGAACUUAUCAAAUCCAUUCACUCGGAUUCUACGGAACAAGGGCUAAUGAUUGAUUCAUUGGAGGCUUCCUUGCAAGAAACCAAUAAACAGUUGCAAAACAUUGAAUCCAAAGCGAUCCAACAAGCAUGCGAAGUCACCCUCCUAUCAGGCAAGCUUAGCCAACUGAAUCGAGAAAAGGCAAAGUGGAUAGAGGCACAACAAGACAAGGACGAACUGAUACAAAUGCUGAACGAGUCUCGCUCGGAAGGCCAACGAAUCAUUGCCGAGUUGACUAAACAGAAACCUGAAACCACUAGACAAAAGGCCCUGCGUCGAUACCACAAACUUCAGAUGGCAGAGAGUGGUGUUUCAGGACUGGAAGCCUAUAUGGAACCCUUUGUUUUGGACAUUCAUCAAGCCCAGGCCCAGUAUGAAAAAGCCCGAAAGAAUUUGCGAUUGGCCGAAGCGAGAGAGCGUUUGAUUCGGCCUCGCGAGUAA